AUGAGCCGUCCGUCCUCAGCCGGAGCCGGAGGAGGAGGACUCGGGGCCGGGAAAGCAGGCGGGGGAAAGCACGGGGGUUCUGGGGGCACCGCUGCCGCCGCCGCCGCCGCCGCAGCAGCAGCAGCAGCCGCCGCGGCCGCAGCAGCGGCAGCAGCCGCCGGUGUGAGCUCCGUGUCCGGGUCGGGUUCCGCUGCCCCUUCCUCCGCCGUGUCCCUGCCCCCGGCCGGCCUGCCCGGGCAGCCGUCGGAGCUCACGGCGCUGUUCGAGUGCCCGGUAUGCUUCGACUACGUGCUGCCGCCCAUCCUGCAGUGCCAGGCGGGUCACCUGGUGUGUAACCAGUGCCGGCAGAAGCUGAGCUGCUGCCCGACCUGCCGCGGCCCGCUCAGCCCCAGCAUCCGGAACCUGGCCAUGGAGAAGGUGGCGUCCACGCUGCCGUUCCCCUGCAAGUACUCGUCGGCCGGCUGCCUCCUGUCGCUGCACCACAGCGAGAAGCCCGACCACGAGGAGGUGUGUGAGUUCAGGCCGUACACCUGCCCGUGUCCCGGAGCCACCUGCAAGUGGCACGGCUCCCUGGAGGCCGUGAUGCCACACCUGAUGCACGCCCACAAGUCCAUCACCACGCUGCAGGGCGAAGACAUCGUGUUCCUGGCGACGGACAUCAACCUGCCGGGCGCCGUCGACUGGGUGAUGAUGCAGUCGUGCUUCAGCCACCACUUCAUGCUGGUUCUGGAGAAGCAGGAGAAGUACGAGGGCCACCAGCAGUUCUUCGCCGUCGUGCUGCUCAUCGGGACCCGCAAGCAGGCCGAGAACUUCGCCUACCGGCUGGAGCUCAACGGGAACCGGCGCCGGCUGACCUGGGAGGCGACGCCGCGCUCCAUCCACGACGGCGUGGCGGCCGCCAUCAUGAACAGCGACUGCCUGGUGUUCGACACGUCCAUCGCCCACCUGUUCGCCGACAACGGCAACCUGGGCAUCAACGUCACCAUCUCCAUGUGCUGACGGAGCCCAGAGACCCGACGCAGGACGCAGGAGGCGCCGAGUCCUCCGCCGGGCAGCGAACGCCUCGCAGGGGAGCCGAGACCCCGCAGGAGGCGUUCAGGUCCCGACUGUCUGUCAGGAAAAAGCUGAAGACUUUGUUUCCUCCUCAGAGGAUCCACAGCAGCUUGACUGGGACCAACUGGUCAGACUGGGACCAACUGGUCAGGCUUGGACCAGGUCACACGUUCACCAGCAGAACAUCGACUCGGCGCCAAGAAACCUCCUGUUUGACUUUGGACCAAGUUUGUUUCAGAACAGGUUCUGCAGAUUAUUUCUGAUGAAUUAUCGACGAGCUGCUGGAAGAACAUGAGAAACCCAAAGAUGUUCCGUCAGAGGAAAGAAACGAGACGACAUUCAGGGACGGAGCUGAAACCACAGCGUUCAGACGGACAAAUAACCGGUUCAUUGAUUAUUAACAUAGCUGACGACUAAGUUAAAUAAUCGCUGCAGGUCCAGCUUAAGAACCGUUGCAGCAAAGUCACAUCAGAAAACAUUAAAGCAGCGAGACGAGGACUUGAUGUUCUUCUUCUUCUGCAUCUCAUGUGGCAGUAAGUGAAGACCGAUGAGACGCUUUGUCAGCAAAACAAAGACUCGAUUUGAUCAGAAAUAAUCGGCAGAUCGAUCAGUUCUGUUCUCUACCUUUAAUGAGCUGCUGGUGGAACGAUGUGAACAUGGACUCGGACCGAGCCGCCGAUCCUCAGAACCUCCUUCAGAUAGAAGCAGGAGGCAGAAGAACCCUGCAGCCCGUUGAGCCGCCAGAGCCUUAACUUGUACCGCCGACCUCCGGCUCGGCUGCUGGACGUUCAGGGCGACACGACGUCGCCGAGCUGCAGCAGCCGAGCAGGAAGAACCUCCGACCGCCGUCUGUACGAACCGCCGAGUCCUCAGCCGAGUUUCCUCUGCGUUCGGAAACACACACAAAAAAAGAACUGACAGGAACCCAAAGAACCAGAUGAAAGGUUUAAAACAGAAUCAGCAGCUUUGACCCUCUGAGCUCAGCGCUGACUGUGUUCAUCGGACCGGUACCGAUGUGGUCGACGUGUCGUGCAUCCCUUUAAAAACUACGUGAUUAUGAUCAGGACAUAAAAUAAGCCGGCAGCGUUUUCCCAGCUGGAAAAUAAACAAACUGUAGAUAUUCAACAUUUUAGUUAGCUUCCAGGUUCAGCGCUCGUCAACAGAGGAACCCAGGAAUCGAUCAGCGCUUCAUGUUUACGUCUGAGUUUCUAGUUUUUACAGAAUCUGGUUUGUUUUUGGCUGAUUUCUAAUCUGGACAAGUUUCAUAACAUCAGAGUUUGUUUAAAUCCUCUGAAACGUUCAAUUUAUGAAUUUUUACAUAAAUUUUCUGUCAUUUGAUGAAAUGUCAGAAUUUUGAGCUCAGGUUCAACAUCUCAGAACAAAACAACAAAACCUGAUGAUUUAUAAAUAAACCUUUAACUUCUUACAGCUUCUGGAUCAUACAUGGUGCCACUUUGAGGCUGUUUUCGGGGCUCAGAGGGUUAAAUUAAAACGUUCUGUUGUUAAAACGAUCAAAUUAAAAUCAGUCGUUAAAACAGAAAGACGUAGCCCGAACCCUGAAGUAAGAUUUAUCCUGAAUGAAAUAGUUUCAGUCUUUUUAUUUCGUUCACGGACGCUCUGAGGACAGGAAACACAGAACACCUCGUCUGUCUGACGGUUCCAUCCUUUACCGUGUGAACGCAGAGGAAGCUCCGCCCCUCGUCCUCCACAGGUGAGCUCACCUGGACACGAGUGUCCCGCCUCUGAUCAGGUCUUUAACCGUCUCCGUGUGUUUGUGCGUCGCGUCCCGACUCGGAGAAACCCGAAGCUGCCGGCCGGAGUCCUGUGACGGAAACCUGGAUAGCGUUGCACGAGAACAGCUGAUCGGGGUCAGAACGCCGCCGUUACCUGCACAGGUAACCCGACCAGGACCCGAGAGACGCCGAGAGGCAGGAGUUAGUCUGACCGGUGGAGACGACACGAACCAAAACAGCUGCAAACGAUGACACUGAAGGAAUCGGAUCAUUAGCAGGCUGACAAACGUUAAAUCUGUUCAAACAUUUUGAGUUUGACGCAGCUGCAGGUGAAUCUGAUCAAAUCCCAGGAGUACGGACGCUACAGGGACCAGGACCAGCAGGUGAACCAGGUUUUCUGACUCUGGGCAGCAGUUUUAGAUUUAUUUUACAAAACAAACGGAAGAAACGUGGCGUCAUCGCGUCUGAGCUUUUAUCAGCAUUACAGACGUUUAACUGUUUUUAUUGCGUUUCCUUCUGGGCUGCAGCUCGACCAGAACUCUGAACCUUCAUCCCGUCUGUUGGUUUUACUGAAUCAUAUCAAACGGUUUUUUUCUGGCAGUUUUUUUAAACACGAGAAUGAAGCUCAGAUGUUUGUCAUUCUGUUGAUUUUUGCUUGUUUUCGGCUCAGAGGGUUAAAAUGUUUUUAAGUUCUGUGUCGACAUGUUUGCUCACCGCAGUGAUGAAUAUUCGUUUUUACGGCUUCAACAUGAAACCUUCAGGUCACAGGAGGUCAGACGAACCGUCUCAGUCUUUGUGUUUGGAAAAAGUUUUCAGCAGAAACCAGACGUGUUGGUUUGUCGUGUGAAUAAUAUGCAGAACCAGAUUUCACUGUGCAACGGUCAGCUCCCACUUUCUACGAAACGUUUUCACAUACUUUCAUUUAAAGCGACGGUAUAUUUUCUGAAAAAAGCAAAACAAACUCUGCCAGAUUUAUUCCUUCUGCUCUGUUUUGUGGACGUUUGUUUGCGACCGUACAGAUUUUCAGGGUAACUUUUCUAACGUUGGCCGUUUGAGCCGCCACGGAUCUACAGUCGUCCAGACAAACCAGGAAGCUCAAAAACCUCAAACCAAACAGAGUUCUGUCAGAGGCUGUCGUUCUUGUUCUCACUCGGUUCCGUCAUGUUUCUGUAAUAAAUGGGUGCAGUUUGUUAAAGUUCGUCUCCGUUUCUGUUUUUUCUGCCUUAAAUUCUGCUCAGCUUCUGUUUCAAAGUCGGUCUGGAAACGCCCCAAACUCCUGGUUUCCUGGUUUCUUCCAUGAUUGUAAACUUCAUAUUUUGGGUUUUUUUUGUUGGCAUUUUUCAGUUUUACACCAAAACCUGUUUACUCUGUUUGGAUUUUGGCCUGUUCGAUCUGUUUUAUUAAACCCGAGCACUGAAACAUCCCAA